GCGGAGCCCCGUCCCGCUGUGGGCGGGGCCCGGCGCUGCCCCUCAGGCGCGGGCGGCGGGGGUGAAGGCGGCGGGGGGUCACCAUGGGCAGUAAGAUGGCGGCCGCCACUAGGGUCGUUCAGGUAGUCAAGCCACAUACUCCAUUAAUUAAGUUCCCAGACAGAAAAAGCAGCCCCAGACCUAAAAUACAGGAAUCUCUACAAGCAAGCGUGCCACCUCUCCAUGCUUCAAAAGCACAGGAGUCUGCAGGAGGCAGAUCGCCGGCCUUUCAGAGCACUCCGCCUGUUAGUAGAGUACAAGGCACACCAGACACUUCGGAAUUAGCAAGAACCUUACCUCAGAAAUACAGAAGGAAAGCUAUGUCAGACGAAGAGAUUGAGUUUAUUCAACGUGGAGGCCCAGAAUAAGCAUGGAAGAUUAAUUCGUUGCCCACCGUUGAAGAAUGACGUAUUGUGUUCACAAUAAAAUAUUAGAAAUGAUUGUACACUAAUAGCUUUAAUAAAAAUCCGUCUGAGGGUGAGAAGGUUGACACAACACACUAUGUAUUGAUUUGUGAUUGCGAAGGAUUUUCUGUUGACGGCUAACUAGCAAUUGAAUAUAUUUGAUGUCCACACCAUUAAAGUAUUUUUCUAAUUA